CUCAACACCAGCCAGCCAAGGCCCAGCCUGGCCAACUCAUCAACAGCCAGCCUUGACAACCUAAGUUAGCUCAGCCUGGUACCCUAACUUGAUAUACCACUAAGACGAGUACUUUUAUUUUUAUUUUUUACCCCCCAGCUCAAUCGCUAUCAUCGAACAACUGCACACGUAUGCUGCCACAAACAAAACCAGCUUCAGAACCCUAUUGUAUAGCUAUCACGACGAUAACGGAGGACUUCAAUUGGUAAACCUCAAGCUUGUCACCCCACCCGCAGUCCCAUCCAAUCGAUCUACGAAGAGGAAACAAGGAAUAUAUCUCGACGGGUCGCGCGCGCGCACAGCAUAACCAUGGAAGCAGUCGGCGUGGCGUUCUUGGUGAUUGUCAUACUGGUAGUGUUUGGCGGUCUUGGAUACUUGGCGUUUGUACGAUGGCGCGCAAAUAAACUAGGGCUCCCACCGCCAACAGUCGCAUCCUUCAACCCCUUCGGUCAAUCCGAGUACGGGGCGCAACCCGCAUCCGGCGGCAUAGGCGGCUGGUUCAGCAAGCUCAAGGGCCGCAACUCGAGGACGGCGGCGGGCGCGUACGAGGGCGCGGCAGGCGUCGCCGGCGACCGGGGAGGAAGGCGAGGCGGGGGCGCGGCUCUCGAUCCGGACGAGGCCUGGGACACGCGCGUCGGCAACGAGGUCUACGGCUACGAGGACCAGGAGCUGGGGCUCCACCCGCAGCACGGCGGGUCGGCGUACCACAUGAACCUGCCCGACGAGGACAGAAACUUUGCCGGCCGCCCGGGCUCGCCGCCCACGACGCGGAACCCCUUCGGCGACGACAACGCCUACGACCAGCCAAGGGGUAGGGGUCGUAGCCGUGAGGGCGGCCUGAACCCCUUUGAUGAUGCCGCCGCCGCCGAGCCGAGCACCCUGCGCGGGCUCAGCCCCAGGCCCAUCAACACGGCGGUCUCGCCUGGUGCCAAGGCAGGAAACCAGAAUGAUCUGCCUGGCGGCGAUAGUCCCACGGAGCGGAGAUCCAUUUUCAGAGAGAAUGUCUGA